AUGGGACCUGCAGAAACUUCCAAAGAUUUGACAGAAGAACCCUCACCAGACGAUGAGAAAAGAAGGAACUAUGGCGGGGUGUAUGUAGGUCUGCCAUCUGACAUGACCACUGUGGCAGCCAGCCAGUCCAAGUCCACAGGAAAAGGACUGUAG